AUUCAUGUCGUUUACAGCCAUUUUUCCAGCCAAAUCAACAGAACAUGAAUGUGAGACCAAGAUACCCCAAUCCUGCAAACCCACAGUCAAUGAUCUAUGGACCACAAAUGAUAUAUGCUAUGGGACAGGGAAAUCCUUUCCCAGGACAACAACAAAUUAUAAUGAAUGCUAGCAUGAUUCAACAACAGAGAAUGCCAAGCCCACAAUAUAAUGCUGGUGGCAUGCAAUCCAAUCAGACUGGAUACAUCCACCAGAUGCCCCCACAGCAGCCUCCUAUCUCCUACUCUCAGGGCUAUGGGAACCAGCCAUUGUUCAUGGGGAGCCAGGCCACAAGUCAGCGACCCCCUUCUACACAAGGACAGCCACAGCAACAGUAUGCUAAACCAAAGGAGAAAAAACAUAUACUUAGUAUCGUUGAUCCAAAUAGCGGAAAAGACGUAACAGCAGAAAUACUAAAGACGACACAAAGUUCAACAGAAGUAACAGGAUCUUCAGAUUCCGGGUCCCGAAGUACACCUGUUGGAAAUGCAGAGGAAGCACAAGCACAGAGUGGAGAGUCUAAUGCAAUAGCAGCACAGUUUGCAGCACUUGUUGCUGCCAAACUUUACCAUCCUCCUGAUGGGGAAAGCCCCCCCAGUCAGACACCGCCUCCUUCACAGCAACAACAGGUGCCUCCGACACAUGGAGCUGUACCAGGGGCUCAGGCUCCAAACGUAGCAAGCGGGGGAGAGCAUGCUCAUCCAGUUGCAACAGGUCCAAGUCCUGCUCCGCCAGUUCAAGAACUGCCAGCACAGAUCCCUAUUCAGCCACAAUCUGUACAUGUAGAUAGUGCAACAGACAGCUCUAAAACUCAUCCAAGUCUUUCAAACGGUGCACCUGUGCCACCUUUAGAAGUUGCAAAACCUUUAGAAGUUGUAAAACCUUCUGAAGUGCAACCUGUAGUGGAAACUGAGACAGCAACAACAAAUGUAGAUAGUAGUGCAUCAAAUGCUAAAAAAUCAGUUGAAACCUCAGAACCAGUGACAGUUAGUGUUAUUAGUGCACCAGUUGUCUCGGAAAGAACUACUGUUAGUGAUGAGCAUAGUGACUCUAGUAGUGGUCGCGAAAUGACUCCGGAGGUAAAUAUUGUGCCGCCAACCCCUGUGGAAAAGAAACCAGACAUGGAAAUACCAGAAACAAUCAAGGAACCAACAAAAUCUGAAGAACCAGUGGCUGAAGUUUCAGUUCCCAAAAAGCAGAAAUCAAAGUCAAAGAAAAAGGACUUGAACAAGAAAGGAGAGCAGAUAGCUGGCUCAGAGUUCGAUGCCUACACUGAUACAUCAGUUCCAGUUGAACCUGAACAGCCAGAAGCUACACCCAGUGUUCCAGAAGUCCCCGAACCAGUUGAAGAAACCCCCAAACCAGCAGUGCCUGAAGAACCAGUCGCAGAGAAAACCACAGAGUCAGAGACACCAUCACCUACACCUACAGAUGAAAACAUACCCAAGGUGGAAAUCAAGAUUGAAGAUGAAAAUGACGAAUUAGAGGAAGGUGAAAUUGUAGAUGAUGAAGAGGAAGAGACAAUGAGUAUGGGACUUAGAUACAAGUAUGCAGAAGAGCAAUGGAGUCCCUUGAAUCCUGAGGGAAAGAAGCACUAUGACAGAGAAUUCUUGUUACAGUUCCAAAAUGAUUACAAUGCCAUUCAGAAGCCAGCAGGGCUUCCCGACAUUCCAGAUAUCAUUCUCGACAAGCCCCAGGGAAUGGGACGUCAAUUUAGUCGAGAGAUGGCUGGAGGUAGUUCCGGCGGGCAAGAGUUUAUUGAUUUCACCCCCAAAUAUGUAUGGGGUGGCGGUGGUGGUGGAGGAGGAGGCCAAAAGCCCCGUGGUCUACCUCGUCAACCUAGCAACCAGAAAAACAAAAGUGGUCCACCCACUCGUCACAUUAAUGUCUCAAUUAGUAAAGAUAUAGAACUACACAAAGCAAAGGAGGCAUGGAAACCGUCGCAUACAGAUGCAAAGAAAGAGAAAGAGAAAGAGACUGGUGAAGAGGAUGCUAAGGAUGCUAACACAGAGGAAUUGUACAAGAAGACAAGAAGUAUAUUGAACAAGUUGACUCCACAGAAGUUCCAGACACUUGUCUCCCAGAUGCAGGCAUUACCUAUAGACUCAGAAAAUAAAUUGAAAGGAGUCAUUGAUUUAGUCUUUGAAAAGGCAAUCAGUGAACCCGGUUUCAGUGUAGCAUAUGCCAAUAUGUGUAGAUGUUUGUCAAUGUUCAAAGUUCAGUCGGAAUCUAAACCAGGAGAAAUGGUGAAUUUUCGAGCUGUGUUAUUGACAAGAUGUCAGAGGGAAUUCGAGAAGGAUAAAUCGUCAGAAGCCCUGUUUAUAACUAAGAGGGAAGAAAUAGAGAAGGCAGAGGAUGGAGCAAAGAAAGAAGAAUUAAAACAGGAUUUAGCGUAUGAAGAAUCUAAAGCUAAACGAAGAUCAUUAGGAAAUAUUAGGUUUAUAGGAGAGUUAUUCAAAUUGAAAAUGUUGACAGAAAAUAUUAUGCAUGAUUGUGUGUUCAAAUUAUUACGCACCAAAGAUCCAGAGAACCUUGAGUGUUUAUGUCGACUACUCACAACUAUAGGAAAAGAAUUAGAUGUAGAUAAAGCAAAGCCAAGAAUGGAUCAGUAUUUUCAACAAAUGGGCAAAAUUGUCAAUGAGAAGAAGACUUCAUCAAGAGUACGAUUUAUGUUGCAGGAUGUCAUGGAUUUAAGAACAAACAAAUGGGUGCCUCGCCGUGUUGAUAACAACCCAAAGACAAUAGACCAGAUACACAAGGAGGUUGCUCAGGAAGCCCAAGAAAAAGCUUUACUUUCUCAACAAAAUCAAAUGCAGCAGCGGGCUCAGAGAGGUGGUCGAAGAGGUGGACCUCCCGACCAGAGGGGUGGUGGUGCUGAUGGUUGGAACACAGUUGUUGGAAACAGAACUCCGCUCAAAUCUGUAGAUAGAUCAAUAGACCCAUCCAAAAUGAAAUUAUCAAAACAAAAUGUGGAUGAGAGUGCUAUUCAGCUGGGUCCUGGUGGUGGUGCUGGCAGAUUCUCAGGUUGGGGACGAGGUAGCACCGGGGGAACCACUGGCAGACCUUCACAAGAAAAGGAAAAACCAAACACUCCAGCUAACAGAUUCUCUGCCCUUAGUAGACCAGAUGAGGACCAGGGACGUAGAUUUGGUGGUGUUAGUCCUGCUCGAGGUGAGGGUAGAGGACGUGGCUUUGGAAGGCCACCAUCAUUAGGUGCCAGACGGUCUCAGGAAUCAGAACGGGAAAGAGCUGUAGCAGCAGCUAAAGCAAUUGGUGCCAGUCAGUCUGUCGAUGGUGGUCACAGAGAGAGAAGUCGUGGGCGUGCUGAACCGGAGCCUCAACCAUCACCGGUUCAACCAGCAUCUACAGAGCUCAAGGUCCUUUCUGAAAAAGAUAUGGAGAAGAAAACCAAAGCUAUCCUUGAUGAAUACUUUGCUAUUCAAGAUAUGAAGGAAGCAAUUUUGUGUGUUCAGGAGUUAUCUGCCCAGAACCAUCAUCAUUUUGUAUACAAUGCCAUCAAUCAUGUCCUCGAGAGAUCUUCACAAGCAAGAAAACAGACUGGCCAUAUACUGCAUGAUCUAGUCAAACAAACUGUUAUAUCUGUUGAUAAUUAUAUAAAAGGGUUGGUAGAAGUGUUGGAGUUUGCAGAAGAUUUGGAGAUAGACAUUCCUAAGAUCUGGCAGUAUUACGGAGAACUGAUCAGCCCUAUGAUUCAAGAUAAUAGUGUUCCUUUAAGCUUCCUCAAACAAGCUGCUGCCCCGCUCAUCGCAAACAACAAAGCUGGAGUUCUUCUCGCAGAAAUCCUUCAUGAUGCUAGUCACAGAGAGGGUCAUAAGAAGGUGGCAGGUCUGUGGACCAGCUCUGGGUUACAUUGGUCAGAUUUUGUGCCUAAAAACCAAGUUGAACAGUUCCUAAAAGAUAAGGGACUGGAAUACACAAAUGGAGGUGAUAGUGCCCCAACCACCCCCACAACUGGGCUUCCAUUGAAGGAGAUUGAAGUAAAAUUGCACGAGCUCAUCGUGCAGAACAAGGCAGAUAAUGAGUCUGUAUUCGAUUGGAUCGAAGGCAAUGUGGAUGAUCCUACAACAAGAAGAGCGAAAUUUAUACGUGCUCUUAUGACUGCUGUGUGUUAUAGUGCAAUCAAAGGUGAUAAAGGUAAAGAGAGACUUGAACCAAAAGAGAUCAGUGCCAGGAAUGAUUUAUUACAGAAAUACCUCGAUCACCAAGCUGACUCGGAGCUUCAAGCUCUUUAUGCAGUACAGGCAUUGAUUGCCAAACUUGAACAUCCUCAAGGUGUGCUAAGAGGAAUGUUUGACACAUUAUAUGAUGAGGACAUUAUUUCAGAAGAUGCAUUUUUUCAGUGGGAGAAGUCGGAGGAGGAACCAGAAGGAAAGGGUGUGUGUCUAAAACAAGCCAUCCAGUUCUUCACAUGGUUACGAGAGGCCGAGGAAGACAGCUGAAAAUAGCUGAAUUCUAGGAACUUGUUUACAAUUUUAGGACAUGCAUUUCACUAUCUCAUCAUUAAACUGUGAAUACUGAAAAAAGUUGUGUCAAAAAACUUGACUAUUCUACAAGCAACUGUGGUUGUUUGAAACUAUUGUGAUAUAAACUAUAUAAAUAGAGUACAAAAGUAGAUUUACAUAUUUGAUAAAUAAACUAUGUUCAUUAGAGUUAGUGAAAAUAUUACCGUGUCUUGUGGAAAUGAGGGGGUAUUUAGUACCGGUGUAGAUGGAUGUUGGCUCCAAAUGGAUUGUUCAGAGAAGGUCCUUCGAUAAUGGAUGAAUUGGUCAAGAAAAGUUUUGCGAAGUGAAGUUCGUAACCAGUGCGUGUAACCUGGGCUUGUGCGGAAUCCUUGCAACUCAUUCUAGUUCAUAAUCAUUUUUCUCAUCUGUUUGAGUUCAACUUGUAAUAUAUGCGGUGUUUAUUUAUUUAUAAUUUUGUUGAUACAAGUGCUGUUUAUUUUCUAUUGUUGAUAAAUUGGGCGCGAGAUAGUUUUAUAUAGACUGGUAAAGUAAAUUUGCGCAGUAAAUUUAAACUGGGUAUAUGACUGUACACUAGUUAUGGUAUUUACAUAUUAUCUGCCUGAUCAUUUGAAAAAAAAAGCUGCCAAGAUUGCAUAGGUAAUGAAAAAUUGUGGAGAAUAUUGUGAAAGAAAAAUUCUGAGACUUUAUUCCCUGCAUCAAAUUUUACUACAUACUAAAAACUUCUGUUUUUGAAAAGAGAAUAAGUACACUGGUUUGUUCUUUAUUAGUAAACAUAAAAUAGAAGAUAAAUAUUUUCUGCACUUUGAACAGAAAGCUAAUGAAUUGUUGUUACUUUAGACAGAUUUUCAAUUGCAAUGAACAUGCAUGUUACUAGUAUUUUACUAGUGCCUGUGAAAUAUGAAGAAUACAUUGCAAAUAUUCUGACUGACAGUGAUUUUAUUAAUCUAUGGUAGCUUAAAAUUCAGCAUUUAAGUGGGCAGUGAGUUGUUAUAUUUUCUAAGUUCUGUAUGAAAACACCAAAUGUCAGUAAAGGUACUGCCGUCAAGAUGCGUGUAUGCCUAGAGCUGUACUAAUCUGUUUUGGUGCUAGAUGUAUUAUAAUUAAUCUUUUUGUAAAAUGCAGAUUUUUUUGUUAAAACGUCUUGAGCCUUAAAUGUGUACUUCAUAUUUAUACUAUAAUGCAUUCUUUCAAUGUUUAAAAAACUUAACCAGUGCUAGAGUGUAAUUACCUGAUAAGGAAGCACUAGUUGCCAUCUCUGUGAAACUGAUGUAUUUGCAAUCUUCAAAAUUGGGGGAAAAUUCUCUUGCCGUUUUGAUUUGGAAAUCUAAAAAAAUGUCUUGCCCCAAUUUGCCAAUUAUUUAUUGUACAAACCUUACCAGAUUUACUUAGUGACUUGUAUUUUCAUUUAUACAACCACUGGUAAUAUUUUCAUCUUUCAGUAAAUCUGCUUUAAAGAGAAAAAUAACAGUGUUUGUGAAAAAAACACACUGAUUAUGUGAUAUUCAUAAAUUGUCCACUUUUAACAGAGAAUAAAAAGUAGUGUCUAGUGACCCAGUUGAAUGUUACUAGUAAAUGUCAGUAAAUUGCAGACAUUUCAUUUCAUAUGGGGGACUAUGAUCAGACAAUGCCCCAGAUGGACAAUAGUAUAUUCCUAAAUUGAAUUUUCCUUGCCAUGGCAUACAGGCAAAUGUUAAUUUCGAAGACUGCUAAUAUAUAUAUAAUAGUGUCAGAUGUAAAGGUUCUGUGCUAAGUGUAUUUUCCCAUGUUACAUGAAAAAUCUAGCACUAGUGGUUUAUCACCAUCACAUUCAAGCAUUGUAGAUGGCCAUUUUUUGGGUGUAAAUGUUUUUCUAUGAAAUGCUUGGCUUGAGUGUAGUUAUAGUUUAGAUUAUUUUGGUCUGCCUAAGUUGAUUUAUCUCCCUUGAUUUGAACAGGAAUGAGAUAUCUGUUUGGCAUAGGACUAUUAUAUGAUUUGUAACCUUAGUUCAAAAAAGAGGGUAAAUGCAUUGAUAUAAAGAAGUAUAUAUCCCUGUUUGGCACUGAUGUGGGGAAUAUUAUAUUGAUUUGGUAAUGAAAUUAUUUUUCAAUGAAAGAAAUAACACGAGUUGUAAUUAUAUUUUAUUAAAUUGUUAUACUUACAGUUUUAUAGAUUGUUACCAUUUCUAACUAGAUUGGUCAUUAGAUUUUUUGUUAUGAAAAAAAAAGUGGUUCUAUUCUGAACAGAUAUCAACAGUCCUGGAAAAAGUGUAAAACACACAAAUUAAAAGUAAUUUUUUUGCUCCCCAGGAUGAAUAAAUGGCAAUAUAUUAAUCUUUUUAUUGCUUUUUUUUUUUUGUUUCAUGUUUUUUUCUACAAAGUACCUUAUCUUAAGCAUAAUGGCUAAGAGAUAUAAAAUAACAAACCUGUGGGUGCAGUGAUUGCCCUAAGAAAUUAUCAUGAAUAAAUUUUGCUACUUUGUCGCUUUUGUUGCCAUAGUAAAUUUUCUAUAUUUUAUUGUACAAUAGGUUGCUUAAUGCCAAGGUUUAAAUUUGUCCUCUGUUUAGUUAAAUAUAAGAGGGUAUAGCAACAUUAAAUGAUGCAAAAAUCAACUUUUUUUCUUUCCUUUUGUAAAAAAAAUCUGUGUUAUGAAUGUUUGUUGAAACUUGUAAAUAGUUCAUGAAUGGAAGGAUCAAAAGCUGUUUAUUUUUAACAUAUAUGCUCCAAGUAUGUUCAUGUCAAUUUCUGAUCCUUGAUGUUUUUUUUUGCAAAAAAUGUGUUGAAAAAUAUUUUCAAAAUAGUUUUACUUUAUGCUGAUUUAUUGAAACGCUUAUGUUCACAUUGUGUGAUAUAUUAUAAACAGAAAUUUUAAUGAAAACAAUUUCUGUUACGAUGAUAAAAAAAAGGUAAAGGAAAAAAUAAAAAAAAAAAGAA